AUUAAAAUGGAAGAAAAAACAAUGGAAAUAACAAAGUUGGUAUAUUUGUUUCAUAAUCAUAGAAAAUUGAAUUAAAUGCCUAAAAGCACUUAAAAGAAAUUAGAUUUUAGACCUUUGGAAAUAUAAGAGAAUUGCGAGCCAAAUUUGAAUACGAUGAUUUAAUUAGAGAGUUUUUCGAACAAUGCAAUAUAGUUGGUACUAUCUUAUAAUAUUCAGAUGUCCAAUAUGUGUAUUAACAAUUAGAUAAAAAAGCAAUGGAAGAGUAAGAAUAUAAUGUUCAGGUCUAUGAAAAUUCGAUGUUGGCAAACUUGGAUGCUAUAAACUUUGAUGAAGCCUCUGCUUUAGAAGAAGAGCUGGUUAAUUAAUGA